AUGUCUCUUUCAAAAGAACAUUUAGUUUCUCUGAUUCCUAUAACAGUUGCCGAGACUUUUGUGGUGAUGGUUUCACAUCUAACCACAGAACGGCCUACCACGAUAUUUCUCUACGCCUUAAUUAUCAACCUAUGUCUAAUGCUGAUAUGGGAUAUCUUUAUAUGGCCUUUCUUCUUCAACCCAUUGAGAUAUCUCCCAACAGUCCAUGUACUGGCACCACUGUCACUUUUUGGAGCCUCCGUCUUCUUGCGUCACCCCCGUGGUGUGGUUACUCUACCAUGGCUUCAGAAUAUUCCCAACGAAGGAAUCAUCCAUUUUCGGGAGGCCUUAAAUUAUAGCUUUCUACUUGUCACAAAUCAACAGGCUCUUAUGGAUGUUCUACACACACGCAGUUACGAUUUUGUGAAGCCUUUGGGUGCACGUCAAUUUCUGGCUCGGGGUCUGGGCUAUGGGCUCAUUUUAUCUGAGGGUGAUGCUCAUCGUAUGCAACGCAAAGCUCUCACUCCCGCGUUUACCAUCAAAAACAUUCGCGCAAUGUACCCUCUUAUGUGGGAAAAGACGCUGGUUUUCCUCCAAAAGCUGGAUGGUGAAAUCCGACUUUAUCCCGCUUCGAAAACAGACGGUUGUGAAGCCGGUUAUGUCGAGAUGAUAGACUGGGCAAGCCGCCUGACCUUGGAUAUCAUUGGGCCCGCUGCUAUUGGACGAGACUUCCAGUCCAUGGAGAACGAUGAUGAGCCAGUCUCAAAAAACUUUUCAGCCAUUUUGAAACCUUCGGCUGAUUUGCUAAUCCUUUUUGGGGCAUCGCUGCUCUUUCCACAAUGGCUGGUGAGACUGAUCCCAUGCAAGGCUAAUAUUGUUCUUCCUGGCAAGGUGGCUCAUCUGCGGCGUCUGUUUCAUACAAUCCUUGAGGAAAAGAGAGCUCAUCUGUUAACAAACAAGUCCACCGCAUCCAUUGAAGGAGACAUCUUGGGCACCAUGAUGCGGGGCGGGGAAUUCAGUGAUAGUGAGCUGGUUGACCAGAUGCUUACUUUUCUGGCUGCUGGGCAUGAAACGACCGCUGGCGCACUCACUUGGUGUUGUUAUCACCUCAGUUUGCGCCCAGAUAUCCAAGAAAAGCUCCGGAAUGAGAUAUGGGACACUAUUUCUGAAAGGGAUGCUCCGGUAUCAUGGCAGGAUUUGGAAUCCAUGCCCUAUCUCAACGGCGUAUGUCAGGAAGUGCUUCGGCUUUAUCCCACUGUUCCAAUGACAGGGCGAGAGGCUAUUCGCCAGACUAGUAUCGCCGGCCAUAUAGUACCCAAGGGUACUACAAUUGCUCUGUGUCCCCAAACCAUAAACCGAAGUCCUAGCUUUUGGGGGGAGACGGCCGAACAAUUUUUACCUGAGCGCUGGAUCGAUACCGAUCAAACCGGUAAUCAAACGCCCAAUAAGCAUGGUGGAGCCAGUACGAACUUUGCUCAAAUUACGUUUCUUCACGGGCCCAGAGCAUGUAUUGGGAAAGAUUUUGCCAAAGCCGAAUUUCGUUGCGCUGUGGCUGGACUUUUUGGACAAUAUUCAAUGGAGCUGCGCGACCCAGCCGAGAAGAUCACGUUCGGAGGGACCCUGACAUCGCAGCCUAUUCAGGGGAUGCAUCUAAAGUUGACAAGACUGCACAGAUGGUAG